AUGGUAGCAUCUUAUAUGUUGAAGACUUUGUUGCCAGUGGCUGUUCUCACCAGCUAUGCUGCGGCAGAGACUUGUGCUGGUGGUGAAUGGGACGUCAUUGUCGUCGGUUCUGGUCCAGCAGGUAUCGUCACAGCAGACCGUAUGAGCGAAGCUGGCAAGAAGACUCUACUCCUAGAGCAAGGUGGCCCAUCGUACUACGUAACCGGCGGUCGUGCUCGCCCGGAAUGGUUGAACGGGACUGAACUCAGCCGAGUUGAUGUGCCGGGACUGUACAAAUCAAUCUUCUCGAACUCGGGUGAGGGCAACCUGACCUGCGCAUCAGAUGUGGUCAACGCUUUCCAAGGAUGCACUGUCGGUGGUAACUCCGCAAUCAACGCUGGACUGUUCUUCCAGCCGCCCGCGAGUGAUUGGAACCGCUAUUUCCCAGAUGGCUGGAAGGACGCCGACAUGCAAUCCGCGAUUAAAAAGGUCAGGACAAAACAGCCGAGUACAGACAGCCCAUCGCAGGACGGCAAGCGGUAUCUGCAGAGCGGCUACGAGGCUGCGAAGCGAUGGCUUGUUGAUGGCGCAGGGUAUGCGGAUGUUGGCCUGAAUGACGGUAUCGAGAACCAUAACAAGACGAAGGUGUUCGGACAUCCCAUCUGGUACUAUGAGAAUGGCCAAAGGAGCGGGCCAGUGAAGACGUAUCUUCAAUCUGCGCUGAACAGAACGAACUUCUCUUUCCAGACUGGCACCAAGGUGUUGCGCGUCCGUCGAGAUGGCGGUGUAGCAACCGGUGUCGACGUUCAGACCAAUGGUGCAUCCAGUUCACACAGUAUCUGCAUCAAGAAGGGCGGAAUGGUCAUCUCUUCCGCCGGCGCACUUCUCAGUCCUCAACUGUUGAUGUGGUCGGGUAUAGGCGAAGCAGAGACUUUGAAGAACCUCUCUAAAAAUGGUCACGUCACCGUUCCUUCUCAAGAGUGGAUCAACAAUACCGCUGUCGGCAAUGGCGUCUUCGACAACCCAAACACCUUUAUCGAGCUGUAUUCCGACGAAAUCGCGUCAUACAGCUAUAGCUACUCAAACCCACCGCCGUCUGACGUUGAGCUGUAUCUCAACAACCGCUCAGGACCCUAUACAUUUGCUUCUCAAACGAGCGCGUUUUGGGAUUACAUCGAGCAGGGCGAUGAUGUAGUGGGUUGCCAAGGCACUAUUGACUCUGCUGGUGCGAUGGACCUUUUGGAAAACGGUACCAUCACACUCAACGUCUACGGUACCUCUGGUCUCCGAUCUGUCGGUCGAGUGAACUUGGACGCCAGGGGUAUCGCCCUUCCGAACUCAAAUUUCUACUCCGACCCCCGCGACGCAGCAGCAAUCGCCACAUUCGUUCACAACAUCUUCCAAGCUCUUCCUCAUACCCUCACACCACUCAACAUUGCGAAAAACUCCACGCUUGAGCAGAUUUCAACCUGGUUGACCACGCCAAGUGCUUAUACUCGUGGCAAUGUGCAGCAUUGGAGCAGCAGUUGCAGGAUGGAAUCAUGUGUUGAUGCGAACACGAAGGUGAUUGGUAUGCAGAACCUGUUCGUGAUCGAUGCAAGUAUUGUGCCGCCUCUUACUACCAACCCGGUCAUGGGUGUUAUGAUUGCGGCAGAGAGAGCAGUGGAGAGGAUAUUAGCGUUGGGCAAGUAA